AUGUUAUUAAGUUAUUUAUUUGUGCUAUUGCUUUAUUCAAUCGGUGGUUCUAUAGCUAUUGCAAUAUACGAAAAGCAACCAUAUUUCGUCGCUUUGAAAGCAUCUGAGUCUCUUGAAAAAUUUAUGGCACAUGACAAGACUUAUCCACAACAUUUGCAAGUCCGCGAUUUGAUUGCAUCAUCAGUAGAAAUUGGCGAUUUUAGAGGUUUUGCAGGAAAGUUUUCAAAAGAAAUUGUUGAGAGAUUGAAAAGAUGUCCACUAGUAAGGGAGGUUGCAGAGGAUACAAUUUUUCAAGCUUUCGACUAUGCAAUCCAAGAGGAUGCGCCAAGGCACUUGGCAAGGAUUAGUCGAAGAAAAAAGAUGCAGCCUUAUAAAAAGUACCCGUAUAUCUAUGAUAGUGAGUUUAUGGGCCAAGGCAUCAAUGCAUACGUAGUUGAUUCUGGGGUCAAUAUUGACCAUCCCGAGUUUGAAGGUCGUGCAAAAGCAGGUAAGGAUUUUACUAAGGAAGGCUCGGGCGAUGCCAACGGUCAUGGUACUCAUGUUGCUGGUAUAAUUGGUUCGGUUACUUAUGGAGUCGCCAAAAAUGUCACCAUUAUUGAAGUGAAAGCAUUGAAUAGCAAAGGUUCGGGUUCGCUACAUACCAUCUUGCAUUCGAUUGAAUUCGCUGUGCAGCAUAGUCUCGAAACUGGUAAGAAGGGGGUAGUAAAUCUAUCACUUGGUGCAUUCAAAAAUCGACAAUUAAACGAGGCGAUUAAGAGUGCCACAAAGCAGGGCCUUGUUUUUGUUGUUGCUGCUGGUAACUCCAAUGUCAAUGCUUGUUUGACAAGCCCUGGAAGUUCAGAGUACGCAAUCACCGUUGGUGCGAUUGACGACUACAAUGAUGCAAUGGCUAGCUUCUCAAAUUGGGGAGAGUGUGUUGAUGUGUUUGCCAGUGGUGCUUAUGUUCUGAGUGUGGAUGCAAAAAACAACGGUAGUAGUUCACAAGUCUUGUCUGGUACCUCAAUGGCUUCACCUGUAGUCACAGGAAUGGUUGCAAAUUUAUUGAGCGAGGGAGUGGAACCAGGGGAUGUGAAGGCAAUUGUGCUCAAUAUGGCUGCGAAAAACCGUAUUUCGAGAACAUCAAUGUUCUUCAAAAAGCACACGCCUAAUAAAAUUGUUUAUAAUGGAAUCAAAGAAAAAGUACUAAUGUGGGAAAAUUUGAAACAAGAAGAAUUUUGA